AUGCCCGGUACCACGCACGGACCCACAUCGCCAUCCACACCUAGACCGACGACGAGUACGAUUACGGCGUCGAAGGCGUCGACGACUCCCAUUACGACGCCCGGCCCGACGACGGUGACGACCCCGCCCCCACCACUGCUGUGCUCGGUGGGCGCGACGCCGACUGCCUUGCGGCCGCUCCUCCCGCCGGACGGAUCGUGCGACAUCCUCGUCUACGCGCACGUGCGGUUCUUCAACAACACGCUGCGACCGGUGAUCAGCGAGAUGAGCUUCCACACGUUCAGGAACGUCUGCGAAGGCUACGCUCACACCACCUGCGGCGUGUCCUUCGACGCGAGGCAAAUUCCGCCACCGACGUUUGCAUCAAUUGAAUUCGAGGAAACCUUGGAAGAACUUAAGGGAAAGUUUCAUAUCGAUCACUAUGGCAUUCUCAACAUCUAUGGUUCGGAAGACUUCGUCGACAGCGUAUCCAAGUCAGAUGCACCGAGAGUUCUAACCACACUGCGACGAAUCUUGGGAGACGACGACCGGGAGCGGCACAAGGUCUUCGUCGGAGUCGGUUACCGCUACUACAACACCACGGACGCCUGGAAGUCCCUGGCAUACGCCGCCUCGAACUUGGCGUCGAAGGACCUGGACAUUUUGGUGAUAAUCACCACUUUCCUGACGCCGGGCGGCAGGCAUGAGUGCAUCACACUUCCUGUCAACGCCAUGAAGAGCCCGAACCGCUUCGUUGCCACUCUGGACGCGGCGUCUGUUAUGGCCAAGGCGGCAUUCGCGAGGCCCUCGAUCGUCGUGGCGUUCACCUUCCAGAUGGGCGUGCCGUACUACGCCCUGACCAAGGAGUACAACGUCCCCCUCGAAGCCAUGUACGAGCCCUGCACUUUGUUCGGCAUCAGCGACUACUCCCAGGCACGUCGCAACUCUCACUGCAGCAGUAUCUCGGUCGCUGGCCUUUAAACGAGUAGCAACACGAUGUUUUUCUUGCGUUGGCAUUAGUGAAGUGGGAAAUAAAUAUGGGUGCGAAGUGCGGGA